GACGUAAUUCAGACAGCGUGUUUGCCCUUCGAUCAUCGUACAGGGGCCGACAUUGCGGCAAAGGAUCUCGCUCUCGAUCGAACCUGGGCGUUGGUCCGCCUGUUCAUUGUGACUGCAAUUUUUCACUGGCGUCACGCCAAAAAGCAGCGAGUUUUUGCGCGAGAGUUCGAUGACAAGCACAUGGAGAUGCGAGAUUACGCCCUCUUUGUGGAUGGCUUUCCACCUUCAGCAACCUCCGAAAAGGAGUUGACAACCUACCUGCAGGAUGCCUGCAACAAGCUGCCGACCAGGCUGUUGCCAGAGAUCGUCGGGGUCUCCAUUGGCUUCGACUUCCACAACGACGUGGAGUUCAUCCAGAAGGAGCUCGAGGAAGAACUGAUGAUCCUGGGCUCCGGAGACAGCCUAGGUCGGCCAGAUCGCUUUGGCAAAUUCGAAGGGGAAAGCAUCCGCGAAAUGAUGCACGAAGUGCGAGAAGCCUGGCGCGAAGGGGAAAGGUCAGGCGCAGGUGCGGAGCAAGCUGAAGUACACGUCAGCAGCGUCGUCAACUUGGACGACAGCUCUACAGAGGGCUCGUCAAACACCGACUUCGACAACUCUGAGCAAGACUCCCUAAACGAGCUUGUGGAAGAAUCCAUGAAUUCGGCCCUGCUCUCCUCCACCAAAGCAGAGGAAGUUCGCGAGCGGCUGCGGGCUAUCAAGAACUCUGGUCGAGUCGUUGUAGUGUUCCGCUACCCGGUCAACAACAAGGAAGCGGCAAGGAAUCUGCAGCGGGCACUGGACCAGAAUCCGUAUGACGGGCAGAAGUUGGAGGUUCAUUUGCUGCCUGCGGACCCACCGAGCCUCCUCUGGGAGCAUUUCAUCAUGGGCUUGAAGACCCGGGAGCAGGUCUGUUGCUUCUUCUGCCUAAGUCCAAG